AUUGGCUAACAUAGGUUUCAUUCAAUCAAGGAGAGGUUUGUUAAACCGUUCUGAAGGGACGUGCUUGUGUUCAGUUUGAAAAAAAAAUGUCGGCUAGAAGAGGCUUUGGUAACACAGAGUACUUAAAAAAGAAAGUUCCACAGAAUCCAAAAUACCAGCAUGUAAAAACAAGGCUUGAUACAGGCAACAGCUUGAGCAAAUACAUGGAAAAAGUGGAAGAGAUCAAAAAAAAUUACAGAUAUAAGAAAGAUGAGCUGUUCAAAAGACUUAAAGUGACAACAUUUGCGCAGUUGGUCAUCCAGGUAGCUUCAGUAUCAGAUUUGAAUAAUGGUGAAAAUAAUGAGGAGUUAUGUAGGCUAGAUGACAACAGUUCAGUGCUGUCUGGCACAGAUGCAGAACUGCUUUCAGAAAGAACCAAUGGAAGGGGAGGCCCUGAGGGGACACUGCAGACUGCACCAGUGCAGUUUAUUGAUAACAAUAGUGAUUCAGGAGAAACAGAACUUUCACCAAGGUCAACACUUCAAAGUGUAAUAAGUGGCGUUGGAGAGAUGGAUCUAGAUAAGACUUCACAGAAGAAUGUAAACAGUACACCAGCUUCAAGCCCAAGAAUCACAAAUAAACCAUACACUGACUGCCCGUACUUGCUGCUAGAUGUUAGGGACAAAGAUGAGUAUGAACAAUGCCAUAUUAUUGGAGCAUACAAUUACCCCAUUGCAACACUGUCCCGGACGAUGAACCCAUACACAAAGGAAGUGCUGGAAUAUAAAAAUGCUUCUGGCAAGAUAAUUAUUCUUUAUGAUGAAGACGAGAGAGUUGCCAGCCAGGCCGCCACCACGAUGUGUGAAAGAGGAUUUGAGAAUCUGUUCAUGCUUUCAGGAGGAUUAAAAGUGAUAGCUCAGAAGUUCCCAGAAGGUUUGACAACUGGUUCAUUCCCACCAUUGUGCCAACAAUCAGUUCCACCAACAUCUGGUCGCAAACGCUCUGCUCCAAGACCACCAUCGUACCCUGCUGAAAAUAAGUGGCAAUUUACUCCUGAAGAUCUGAACAAAAUACAGUUUUAUUUGGAAGAUAUACUAAUUCCUACAAAUACCAACAGUCGUUUGAGUCGUCUUUCAAUGGGAAGUGCACAGUCAAAGGUAUCUAGUACAAGAUGCAGCUACACUCCAUCUGUUUCUGGCUCAGACAGCACCCGGACUCAAAGCAGCACUAGACAUUGGAAAUGACAAAUGUUUUGACUAGAAUAAAUGUUACUGUGUCGGAUGUCACCAGAAUGUUAUUUCAGCAUCAGGUGUAUUCUGUAAAUAUAUUUUAACUUAUUUUAAUCCAAAUAUAAAUGCAUCAAAUUAUGGUAACAUACAAAUAUGGUGCCAGGUGAGUGAUUAACAGCUCAUUUACUGAAUGUAGAUGUGUGCCGUACAAUAUCUUGCAAGUUGAUCAUUUCAUAUGAUCAAUACAUUAGCUGCUAUGUAUGCUGAAGCGGCCAACUUCACUCUCUCUAGAUCACUUGGCACAAUCAGUGGUGAUAUAUUAUUAAAUUAAAGAAUGUGCAUAGCCAGUGUCAUUUUUAGAGCAGACUACUAAACAAAAUGACCAGAAGAAUCAAAACUUUUAUUUUUGCUAAACAAACACUGUACCUGAGCUACUGUAACUACAAAAAAUGAUUGUAGGGAAAAACUUUUUCUAGAAAGGUAUAUGCAAACUUUAAAGAACCAAACCAUUUGAUGUCUUUGAUCACUGUUUCAUGAGAUUUAGCAGCAAUUAGUUGAUAACUGCUCUAAUAAGUGCAAGUAUGUUUCCGUGACAUUGGUGUUCCCCGAGUACUGUAUCUGGAAUCCUAGUUAACUAAUGGUGGAAAAAGUAGUGAUGCAUACUUCUUUCAGAUUUAAUAAUAUCCACAGUAUUAAAACAUGUUUGAAAGGAAUGAUAUUUUUAUCUGUAUGUUGCCCAAGAUUACAUUUAAAUAAUUUCUUCACAAAUGGCACUGAUAGUGAUGUUUGUAGCAGUGGGAGGGAAUUCCUUUGAAGACUGGGGGCAGGCUUUCAAAACUCUUGUUAAGCUUCAUAUUCUGAAUAAUAAACUAUCGUGAAUGCAUACAAUCUGAUAGGAAUAAAAUAACAGUACACUUCACAAUAUGUAUAACGAUUAUCUAUUUGAAGAGCUAAUGGAAUUGAAGUCAAUAAAUUUUUUUUUUAACAGACUAAAGACAGUGUACAUUGUGUCGAUUUAGUACUCUCACAACCAGUAUUUUUACUUAUUUGAAACUGCCUAAUGGUAAUAAAAUCUUAUUAUAAAGGUUACGAAGUGCAGUACCAAUAUUCAUUUGCAGUUUAACUUCAUUAGAUUUAAGUUUAUAUUUUAAAUGCUUGUCUAAAAUAAAAAUAAAAACUUGGA